AUGAUUGCUCUGUUGCUCGGGUUAGAGGAGGAGCUCAUAGGGGCUCGUGAACGACUCAGGGCGAUACAAGCAACCCGAAGGAGAGCCCGAACAUACGCUGACAACAAUGACCUCAUGGCCCUACCUGCUACUGUUGCAGAUGUAGAAGAGCAAAUUGAGGGUGUGGCAACAGCCCUAGGAGGUCCUGCAUUUAGAGCUUUGGCUGGAGCUACUGACAGCAAAACUAAUGCCCUUAUAGCCAUAUCUAUUGCACGAAGCAACCUUUAUGAGGCCAAAGUAGGCCUCAUCGAAUCCAGGCUACGUCGUCAUCAUAACACUGCGAAAUGCGCAAUACAAUGCGCGUCAACUCAGCAAGAAGACGGCUAA